AUGCAAACUUUACAACCUCAGGGCAUGGCUAUGCGUGACCAUCAAUUCUUUAAUCAAGGCAACGAAAAGCAAAAUAAUAAUACAAACGGAAAUAUAACGAUGGGUAUUCCAAAUAACGCAUUUGGUUCACAAAUGAAUACUAAUGGAUUAAUAAAUCAACCACAACAAUUACAACAGCAACCUGGUCAUUUACCAACAUUACAUGGCUUUAAUCAACCACAGGAACAAGGAAAUGUAUAUUUAAUGAAUCAAAAGGGUGGCCCAUUACUUCCACAACAGCAGGACUUUCAAGGAAUGAAGGCACAAGUACAACAACAAAAACAGCAGCAGCAACAACAGCAGUCUCAACCGUUUAAUAAUAAUGCGAAUUUGGGUGUUCCAGGUCCAAUACCUAAUAAUCUACCACCUGGACUGAACGUUAUGCAGCAACCGGGCGUGAACGUUAACGUAAAUAGACCGGUCAAUAUUCCACUAGCUCCUAAUAUGAAUGCUCCCUCUGGUGGUAAUACGGUAGGCAAUUCUAACAUGAUGCCUCCAAUGAUCCUACCACCUUUAAUGCAUUUGUUUGUCCGUGAAGUUUGGAAGACAAACCUCCAUAGCGAAUUUGUUGCUAUCAGAAGGUUGGCUACACAAUAUAAUUACAUUUCUGUGAGUACUGAAUUUAUCGGUACAUUAGCAAGACCAAUUGGUAAUUUUUCAUCAAAGGAAGAUUAUCAUUAUCAAACCAUGAGAGCUAAUGUGGAUAUUUUAAACCCUGUUCAACUUGGAAUUUCGUUAAGUGAUGCAAACGGUAAUAAACCAGACAAUGAGCCUUCAACAUGGCAAUUCAAUUUUGACUUUGAUACAAAUAAAGAAAUGAUUUCUGCUGAAUCAUUAGAAUUAUUAAGAAAUUCUGGUAUCAAUUUUGAAAAUCAUCGUACGGGAGGUAUUGGCAAAUUCGAAUUUGCUCAAUUAAUGAUGGAUUCUGGUCUGAUCCUAGAUACGAACACCACCUGGAUUACAUUUCAUGCUGCUUAUGAUCUUGGUUUCUUAGUACAUAUCCUAAUGAAUGAUAUGAUGCCAUCCACCAGAACUGAUUUUGAAUGGUGGGUUCACAAAUUUAUGCCAAACUUAUAUGAUCUAAAUCUAAUCUAUAAGAUGAUUCGUGAUUUCAAGAAUCCUCAGCAACCACAAUCACAAGGCCAACCACCAAAAUAUUCAUUAACAACAGUUGGUGACGAAAUUGGGAUCCCUCGUUUCCCAAUAUUUACUACGGUCGGUGGUCAAGCUUUGCUAAUGCUUCUUUCAUUUUGUUACUUGAGCAAACUAUCCAUGCACAAGCUACCAGAUGGAACGGAUUUUGCUCAGUACAAGAACGUAAUCUAUGGUAUUAAUGAGGACCAAUUACAACAAGCCAAAUAA